AUGGGCAUUUGGUUAUCUGAUAGCAAUUUUGUCCCAAAUGAAGAAGUGAUUUCAUUUAUUCUGUCGGAUGAUGAAGCCCCACCGGAUGAUGUGAACACAGAAGACAUACCACUGAAGUAUGGUUAUCCUGGCAGCACUGGUGGUGUCACGAGAAAAUUUGAAUAUCAUAGAACUUCGAGCCAACGGUCAUCACCUGCCAGAAGCAAGCAAAGUAACAAAAUGAUGAAAUCCCGUCAGUAUCCAGAUUGGAAAAAUAACACAGCAAGGCAUCGUCAAGUUUGGGCUGGGGGUAAACGAUAUAAAUAUGCUCGGGGUAACACUGAUUUAGGACAGAAGCAAAACCUAGAAAUGAUUCAAGAGAGUUUGUCUGAAGAGGAUGGCAAAGGUGGGCCAUAUAAAUGUACUGAAUGUGAUAAAAGCUUCAUUAGGAAGCAUGACUUCAUAAAUCAUCAACAAGUUCACCCCAGAGAGACACCAAAGCGACCAUAUAUAUGUACUGAAUGUAACAAGAGUUUCUUAAACCUGAUUAAUUUCACAUUACAUCAGCAAAUUCAUAAAGUGUUUAAAUGUGCAGAAUGCGGAAAGUAUUUUCCACAAAGAAAGGAUUUAGUGAGGCAUCUGGUUGUUCAUACAGAAGAGAAACCAUACAAGUGUGACAAUUGCAGCAAAUGCUUUAAGCGCCCCAGGGACUUAAUGUACCAUCAAGCCAUUCACACGGGGGAAACACCAUACAAAUGUGCUGAAUGCAGCAAGUGUUAUACUCGUCGCCAUCACUUAACAUCCCACAUGGUCACUCACACAGGGGAGAAACCAUAUCAGUGUGCUGAAUGUGGUAAAUGUUUUGCACUGCGCAGAGAUCUAAAGUCCCAUCAAAUGAUUCACACUGGGGAAAAACCACAUAAAUGCACUGAAUGCAACAUGGCUUUCAGACUUAAGGAAUCCUUUAUUAGUCAUCAGAGAUUUCACAUAGGGGGUAAACAUUAUAAAUGCUCUGAAUGUGAUAAAUAUUUUACAGACAACAGUCAGCUAGAACGUCACCUAGCUAAUCACACAAGGGAGAAACCAUUUAAAUGCAAUGAAUGCAGUAAAAGUUUUGCAUACCACAGUCACCUAAUACACCACCUGCUUGUUCACACAGGGGAGAAACCAUAUAAGUGUUCAGUUUGCAGUAAAGGUUUUCUACAAAAGUAUGAUUUAAAACAACAUCAAUUCCUUCACUCAGGAACUAAACCAUAUGAGUGUGCUGACUGCAGUAAACGCUUUAUGCGUCAGAGUUAUCUAAGGAGACAUCAGAAAAGAAAACAAUGUUCUCAAAUGGUGACGACCGAAGCAAAACAGAUUUCCUGAAUUUAUGAAUAAUUACUAAUCUGUACCUGUUUAAGAAUAUGAAUUAUUCCUACCUUAGAAUAAAAAGAAAACUGCACACUUGGGGAAAUUAAAACAAGAGAAAAGGAAGUGACUAGCAUGUGAGAUCAGCCAGUAUUAACUGUUAGGCAAACAGAAGUAAAAAACAUCUUAUCACUGAAGAAAUAUAGCAUUUUUCAUGGAAAUAGCCAGCUUUAGUGACUUCAGUCUUCUCCACAUAGAGGUACACAAAAUGAAAUGUCAUUAGAUGUUAAUAGAAAUCAGCUUUAUGAAAUAAGGACUCCCAGAUAGCUUCAGUGGUGUUUUGAGUUCUGGCUGUGAAAAUGUUUUUUAUGCAUGUUGAUAUAUGCUACCAAAAUCCAUAAUCUUCCUGUGAAUUACAGAAUGAGGCAAUCCUGGGUACAUUAUGGCUGUUGAGAAGAACGCUCUUGGCAAACAUAACAGACUGAGGGGGUAACAAUGUUAUGCAUAGUUUUAAGUAUGUUUUUUCCUUAGGAAUUGGGCAUCCAUUCCUCCCAUAGCAUUAAAAAGUCCUAAAUAAGGAGAAAAAUUAAACCAGAAAGAAAUCAUCUAA